ACCAAGAGCUGUAGUUGUCAUCCAUCUUGUAUAUCCUCCAUUUCCCAGCCAUCCACCUUGGAAGAAAAUAUAGAGAGACAGGGACAAGAGAUACCAGAAGGUCUCCCAAAACGCGUAGGUGGGCAGAGUCCCUGAGGAAAUCCCAGAACUCUUUAAGAUCCUCAGAAUGAGCUCUGUCUGACAGUUUUUUUGCCCUCUGAAAGAGUUUUCGUCAAAUUUUCUUCUUCAUCUCUUUUUUCUUUCUUCCUCUUGGUGGUCCCAACUCCCUUUUAAACUCCUAUAUUUCUCCAGAUAUUUCUUUGACUUCGCUUCUUUCUUCAAUUGCUUGAGCUUCUUCCUCCUUUUCGCUUCUCUUCCUUCAGCUUCUUGGAUGACUUAUUCCCCCAUCUUGGUCUUUCUUUUCUUUACCAUUUUUUCCUUCACAACCUGAUAUAUGAAAGCUCUUGCAAUAUAAUUUUGGUGUACUCUGGACCUCCACAAUCAUAAUCUUUUCAAGGGGAUGGCGGCAUGCUUCAGCCUUUGUAGAAAGAAGGCUAAGAACAGGCAAGAGCCGAGCUUGGCACCGGGAUCGGCUUCCGUGUCGGUGUCAGCACCUCCCUCAACUGUCACCACUAGUAGGUCGGAUGAUUCAGCUGCCGGGAAACAUACAAGCAAGUCGACGGCCUCGACAUCAUCGCAGCGCAGCAUACCGGCCAUGUAUGAAGAGAGAGCUCAUAAUUUGCGUGUUUUCGAGUUUGAUGAGCUCAGAAAUGUGACUAAUGAUUUCAGCAGGAUGAAUAAGAUUGGAGAAGGAGGGUUUGGGAGUGUUUACAAGGCUUAUAUCAAGCCUUUGGAUGGGAAGGGGGAUAGGAUUGCGGUGGCGGUGAAGAGGCUCAACCAGCGGGGCUUGCAGGGGCAUAAGCAAUGGUUGGCAGAAGUUCAAUUUCUUGGAGUUCUUGAGCACCCAAAUCUUGUAAAGCUCAUUGGAUAUUGUGCCGUAGACAGUGAAAGAGGGAUCCAAAGAUUAUUGGUCUAUGAGUUCAUGCCUAAUAAGAGUUUAGAAGAUCACCUGUUCAACAGGAAUUAUCCUACUCUUUCCUGGAACUUAAGACUGCAGAUAGCCUUGGGUGCAGCAGAAGGAUUGGCAUAUCUCCAUGAAGGAUUAGAAGUUCAGGUGAUCUAUCGUGAUUUCAAAGCAUCUAAUGUUCUACUAGACAAGGAAUUUAGGCCCAAGCUGUCAGACUUUGGCCUCGCAAGAGAAGGACCAACAUCAGGGCUCACCCAUGUAUCUACAGGGGUUGUGGGGACUCAUGGGUAUGCAGCACCGGACUACAUUGAGACUGGUCAUCUCACGGUCGAGAGUGAUGUGUGGAGUUUUGGUGUGGUGAUGUAUGAAAUCCUUACAGGCAGGCGGGCACUCGAUCGAAACCGCCCAUCGAAUGAACAGAAGCUUUUGGAAUGGGUGAGACAAUUUCCUGUGGACACUUGGAAGUUUAGUGUGAUCAUCGAUCCACGACUAAGAAGUGAGUAUUCUCUGAAAGCGGCGCGUGAAGUUGCUAAGUUAGCAAAUAGUUGCCUUGUCAAGAACAGAAAAGAUCGUCCAAAGAUGCAUGAGGCCGUUGAAAGAUUGAAGCAAGCCAUUCAAAUAAGUUCGACAGAAGCACAUUCUUCAACAAGUAACUUGGACAAGCAGAAAAGAUCUGAGCCUUCAAGAAGGUGAUCAUUUUGAUGGAGGGAAGGUCUGAAUAUGGUUUGUAGGAGAGGAUUUUUUUUUGUUCCGUUUUUUUUCUUUUGGGCAUCACUUGCUGCCUGUCCAACAUCUGAAUAUGCUUUGGAGUACAUUAGGAUAAUAAAGUGGCAUCAACUUAUGCCUGAUUCUUUGAGUAUGUAGGUUGAAAGCUAGCAGCUUGUUUCUCUGAUAUUUUCUUUUUGAUGAAGUGUUAUAUAUCCUAAAAUUACUCAAUGUGCAACAAAAUUUUACAAAUCAAUAUGUAUGUUUGUGAUGGAUGACCAAUCCUUCGGUUCGGUAAAGUUCGGCCUUACAAGUUGUAUUUUGAUCUACAUCAUCAGUAAAUGCCAGCUUUGCAGGGGAAA